UUUUUUUUUUUUACAUAAAUCAAUCAUGCUUCUUUAUUAACCCUAAAACUGUGCAGUCAGAUUUAACUGUAUGCAUGUGCGAUAUGUUGUACAAUGCAAAAACAUUGUCUGGUUUUCAUUGCAAAUAUUGUAGUUAAUCUGAAACAAGACUAAAAUAAUUUAAAAGUAAUUUUUCAGGAGCUUCUUUUAAGUCAGUGAUUUGAAAAUGUACUAGUUACACUGGCAGAUUAUUUAAUUUAUAAGACAUUUUUACCGUAAGGAAAGCAAUCUGUAAGUGGAACUAGAACGUUUUUGAAUCAAUAUUGAGAAAUUAUUUACUUAAAAGAAGCUCCAUUAUCUCACUGAAACAUUACUUGCAAUAACUAUAUAUUAUUUCAGAUAUAGUGAGAUAUUUGCAAUGGAAACUAGCCAUGAAAAGCUUGUUAAAUCUGUGUAUUUCUGCUGCGUAGUGCGCAGUUCCACCAGUCACCUCCUUAAACUUUGUGCGGCUUGUUUGAAAGCAAUAUAGAGCUCAAAUUCAUAAGAAGAAUAUUUUUGGACGCAUCGACUUUGGUAAAUUAACUUCUUAGGAAAAUAAAGUGCCUAAUUUGGGCUAAAAGUCCAAUUAUUUAGGUGAAACAAUUGCUUCAGUUUCAUUAAGCAAAAAGCUAUUCUGAAUGUAAUUUAUUGUAUGUUACUGAUGCACAAUGCUGCUUCAGAGAACUUUAAAUGUUACUUUAAGCUGUCUGUGGAUUCUGUUCUUGAUCUUAUUGAGAUCCAAAUAAUUUAAGGUAGUCACUAAUGGUCGGCUGUACCUGGUAAAUUUAGAGUUGUUUGUUAAGCAACAUGACAUUGACGUCAAAAAGAUUUUGAUGUUAAAGUUGAAACUUUUGGAACAGAGAAAAAUGUUCAAUUUUAUGGUCAUUGGCAGGUUAUCUGGUCUAGACCAGCUGAACGAGACUAGAUAAUUUGUCUUAAAGGGAAGUUAGUCUGUCUUUCAAACUUUGAUUAUGCCUUUUGAGAUGUUAAACAGUAAACGUAACUUAUGUCCCAACUUGGUCAUCUUGGGGUCAGUAUUUAUUGACCAACCCCAACCUCUAGGGGCUGAACGUUUUCCCAUUCCCAUUUCUACUCAGGGAGUAUCAAGAAGUCGGAGCUUGAUAAAUCCCAUCAAGGACUCACUUGAGUUUUGUUGACAUAGCGUCCAGAGCAAAUGACCAGGGGAGACACAUGGCGUUAGGUCUGUUGACGUUUGUGAGGAAGACUGAAAGGCUCUGGCACUUUGUUGUCCUGGAAGUUGUGUAAACAUUUACCCUUUCUGAAGGCUCAAUAGAAACCUGAAUAAUAGGAAAAUUAUAAGUGGAGUAUUUAGAAUUAAUCAUUAAUUUAUAGGGUUUUGUCGCACUUUAGAGCAAGGUUUACAGAGAUCUGGUCUGUGGAUGUGUGGCCAAUAGAUCCUUGGGCAACAAGACAGCUUGGACGGUUAAAACUGGUAAUUCGUCUUCCUCUAACCGGAUCGUUUCGGACAAGCCGGGAAAAAGAAAGAGGACAAAAUGAAUCCGAUUGUGGAAGCUGUUGCGUGCUCUUUGGGCUUUUUGGGAUGGAUUAUGGUUGGUGUGGCCCUUCCACACCGAUACUGGAGAGAGUCUACAGUGGACGGUAACGUUAUUACCACCUCAACCAUCUAUGAAAAUCUGUGGAUGUCCUGCGCAACGGACGCCACAGGGGUCCACAACUGCCGAGAUUUUCCAUCCUUGCUGGCACUAAAUGGGUACAUUCAGGCCUCCCGAGCGCUGAUGAUUGCCUCCAUUGUGUUUGGGACGUUUGGCCUUGUGGCGACCCUCGUGGGGAUGCAGUGCACCAAAGUGUGCGGAGAAAACUAUGUUCUGAAAGGCCGGGUCGCGGCGAUCGGAGGAGUGUUCUUUAUACUUCAAGGGCUUUGCACCAUGAUUGCUGUGUCUUGGUAUGCAGCCAACAUCACCCAGCAGUUCUUCGACCAGCUUUACGCUGGGACAAAGUAUGAGAUUGGACAGGGCCUCUACAUCGGCUGGUCUUCUGCUGUGCUCGCCCUCUGUGGAGGCUCCUGCCUGUUGUGCGCUUGCAAGCUAAAUUCUCCCAGUGAAAAGAUGUCCUACCCAUACCAGCCAGCCUCCAGAAGACACAUGCUGUCUACUGUGGCCACGUCUCAGUCGGCACCAAGCAACUAUGGCAGGAACGCUUAUGUCUGACAUCUGCCACAUCAGCAGAGCCUUUCUUUUCCUUAACCAAUGAUGAAGGCUUAAAUUUAUUUAGUAUACUAAGAAAUGACAGAGUGAAUCAUUUGACGGCAUUUGAUUUUGUGGAUUUGCUGUAAAUUUGAUCAGAUAUUAACUCCAUUGAUGCAAAGUAAGUCUUGUGAUGUAUGAACUGUUACUGCAAGUUACCUUGCAAUGAGUCAGAAUCGGAUUGCGUAAAGAUUCAUAAAUCCAUACAAUUUCUUUUAUACAGCCACAGGGGAUGAGAUUAUUUGAACUAAGAAUAUGUGAUCAUUUUAAUUAUGAUGUAGCUUUUUUGCACUGAAGAUUUGAAUGUGCUUUAUUGUAUAAAACACAGUUAUUGUACCUGUUUUGUCAAACCUGCCACAUAUUUAGUUGGACAAGCAAAAAACCUGAUUAUUUCAUUAAGUCUGGUAGUUAUGAUCAUUUCAGCCAUAUAUUUACUAAUAAUAGAGUCCAGAUGACAACUAUAGUUGUAACCUUAUAACAGGAAAUACCCUGAACCCCAGAUUCAUGAUAUGGAAACGUUUUAAACUUUUUUACAUUUUUCAUGUUACAACAAAAUCACAAUUCUUUCUGGUGAACCGCCACAAAGUAAGGCAUAGCUGUUAAGUGGAGAAAAAAGGAUACAUGGCUUUCAGAAUUAUUUACAAAUAAAAAUCUGACAAGUG